CGAUGACCUUCGGGAUCGACUGUGUUGGUCUGACUUUAGAAAAACAGCAAUGGCAGGGGUCGAGACUACACAACCUGCUCAGGUUGAUAUUUCCAAAACUAGCAGCGGUCCAUCAGAAGGAUAUGACAAGAAAUGUAUUUUCUGCAAGAUUGUAAACAAUGAAAUGGGCACGGAGCUUCUUCAUUGUGAUGAGGACAUCUCAUGUUUCAGAGACAUCAAACCUGGAGCUCCACACCAUUACCUGGUUGUCCCAACCAAACAUGUUGGAAACUGUAAAUCUCUCAGCAAAGAACACGUGCCUUUGGUGAAGCGCAUGGUCGAGACAGGGAAGGAGAUCCUGCAGAAAAACAACAUAACAGAUCUCAGUGAUGUCAGGUUCGGUUUCCAUUGGCCCCCAUUCUGUUCUGUCACACACCUACACCUUCAUGUCCUGGCACCUGCCAGUCAGAUGAGCUUCAUGUCCCGCCUCUUCUACAGACUCAACUCCUAUUGGUUUAUCACAGCAGAUCAGCUGAUUGAGCUUCUCAACUCUAAAGCAGAGACUAACUGAUCGCGUGCUGUGGAUCCACUACUUUCAACUUUGAUGAGGUGACUAAAACAUCCAUGGUUCCAUCUCCUUGCAGAUGCCAUGUUGGAUGGUACACACUCAUAUAAAGUUGCUGUCUGUUUGCCAAUCGCACUAUUUUAAACCUGUGAAAUAUUUGUAAUGAAACAACACUAGAUGUUUUUUCAGACAUGAAGUAAAAGCUUGAAUGAA